AUGGUUUUGUUUAAUAAAAUCAAGUAUGGCCCGCUAGAAAGAGAUCAUGGAUUUUGCUUUGAGAACCCAGUUGUGAUCUCGCUAAGUACGCAUAAAGGGAAAUCUAAAAAUAUUGAUGAUGCAAGUAGAGGUGUUGCAGAUCAGUUGUCUACUAGAAAGGACAAUGACAUCAUCCUAUUCCCUACAAUCACGGGUUUGAUAUUGCCAUUUGAUGUUGAAUACAAUAAAUACCUUUUUAUUUUGAAGAUGAUUGCAAUUAUGUUAUUUGAUUUAAUUUCAUUUGUGGUUUGUGUAGAAUACAUUAAUGUUGGGUUGAUAGACAUGAAAUCGGAUACUUGCUAUUAUCUUGAUUCCUUGAGUUCUAGCAAUUUCAAUAUGCAGUUGAAGCAAAUUGUUGAUUUGUAA